CGAAUACAUCGUUGGAUAUUGUGUUUCGUGCUUUUCGGCAAAACGCGAAACAUAUAUUUUUUAUAGUUAAUAGCUGGAACAGAGCAUGCAAAACGAUUGUGAUUUUUCUCUUUCUUCCGCAGUAUGCGCGAAAUGGUAUGGCACCUUGCUUGUGUGUGUGUGUGUGUGUAUCGGCAAGAAUCAGUUUUACGAGGAGGAGGAAGGAGACUUCCCCUUCUCUUCCGUUGUAUUUUUUAUUACCUAGCUGCCUGUUAGCAACUGACCACAGUGACUGAAAGAGAACAACGUGUAAAAAGAAAACUUUCUGUUUUUUGUUCUUCGCGAAACCAAUUCAAUAAAUUGCCGGUCGGAGGUGUGUAUUACUAGUCACAUUUUAUCAGUGCAUAUUUCAUUGUCAACGUACACACUACAAUAUUACUGAUUACGUCGAAACCGAAGUUGAAGUUCGUUCAUCAUACAUCGCGUAAUUCAUCGUAAUUCUGACACACGUACGUAAUACGUAUCUGUAUGUAUUGAGCCAACUUCUUGUUGUGCGUACAUACAUGAGAAACAAAGACAAGUGAUGCAGACAUGUGUGUUUGUGUACGGCAUAAUAUGAGAGACUACAGUGUGUACAUGAUUGUAUGUACAUUCGUAAUUUGAUAAUCAAAGAUAUAAAAGAUUAUCACUGUUCUACGUUAACGGAGUAAAAAACGGCUACUGCGCCGGUCAAAGUGUCGGACACGAUGGCCAGUGUAUUGUCAGAGCCAGAGUAUGCAUAUAUAUAUAUCUAUACUAUGCUACACGCGCACACCCCGUGUUCUAUCGCGAGAGCGCCCGCGGGUUAGCUCGCUAGUCUUGAUCGCUCAGCUCGCUCGCUGCUGCUGAAGCGAGCGGAGUCGAACCAGUCAGUCAGUCGGCUAGGCAAUACACACAACGGGGCUGUAGAGCCAUCCCGCGAGAUCGCCCCAGUCAAUAUUCGCGAGCGUUGCUCUGAUUCUGAGUUGCAUCCAUUCUGAAAUGGAGGCGCGUAGCAGCGACGGCCGGCCGACGACGACGACGACGACGACGACGACGACGACGACGACGACGACGACGACGACGACGACGAGCACGACCACGAUCGACGACGAGCCCGGAAUAACUGUCGUCACGUGGAGGCGCUGCAAGGAGUUGUUGCUUGACUUUCACUUCAACUCGGACCGGAUAUUCUACCGGAUCGGAUUCAGUAUAGCCACAAAGCCAUGGCUUUGGCUACUUAUAUCCCUGUGUCUGAAUAUUGUCUGUGGCUUCGGACUGUUACUUUGGAGAGAGGAGAUCGACGAGAUCGAGCUGUACAUACCGAUGGGUUCUAUAUUCCGCAAGGACGCCGCUUGGAUGAAGGAACACUUCCGAGACGAUCUCAGACACGAAAGUCUCAUCGUUACCGCUCCCAACGUGUUGGACCCUGAAGUGCUGCGAUCGAUUAGAGACAUUGAGAGUGACGUGAAGAAUAUAGUAGUGAAUAAUAAUACUUGGGAGGAUGUGUGCGCUGGGUAUUUUACGUGGUUCCAAGAGGACGAUAAGUGGGAAAUCAUGAAUAAAACCGACUUUCCCGAGGAAUAUCUGCCCUAUAUAAAUAUGACGAUGUCAGAAGAGCCCUGUAUUCACAAAUCGUUACUUAAGAUAUGGCAGAAAAAGGAUGAAAAUAUUAUUGACAAAUUAAACAAGACAGAGAUAUUGAGGGACGUCACCGCAACUUUGCAAAAUAAAAACACCAAAGAUAUACUGUCCGUCGUAGCGCCGUUGCUAGCGGGAGUCGAGUACGACAAAAAUGGAACGGUAAUAAGUGCGAACGCGACGAUUUUGUACUGGUUGUUAAAGAAGUCGAAUCCGCACUCGCCGGAAUGGGAAAUCGAAUUUAUCGAUAGGAUAUUGCAUCCGAAUCGCACUUUGCCACCGGGCAUGGAGAUCUACGCGGUGACGGUGCGCAGCUAUCAGGAUGUGUUGCAUCAAGUGAUCAAUAACAACAUGACUGUGUUAUUCUGCGGCAUGUCUCUGAUCACGAUCUACGUGGUCGUAAUGAUCGGUCGGUGCAAUACGAUGCAGCAACGGAUCUAUCUAGCCCUCAUGGGCAUCUCGGUCGUCGGCCAAGCUCUCCUGUCGUCCUACGGUCUUUGCUAUUAUAUGGGAUUUUCAUACGGUCCGGUGCAUCCGAUCCUGCCAUUUCUACUGCUCGGCAUCGGUGUCGACGAUAUGUUCGUCAUCAUGCAAAAUCUGGAGACUACGUCGGAAACGGAAAAAUCUCUGGACGUCCCUAUGCGAAUAGCAAAGUCUAUUCAAGUAUCAGGUAUGUCCAUUACCGUGACGUCAUUCACUAACAUGGUGGCCUUUGCCAUUGGCAUGACAACGGUGAUGCCAUUCCUGAAGUCUUUCUGUAUGUUCGCCGCUAUGGGCAUAUUGUUUCUUUACAUUUAUGAAAUCAUGUUCUUCGUCAGUUGUCUGGUAUAUGACGAAAGACGAUUGGCAGCGAAGAAGGACAGCUGUCUUUGUCGGCCGCGUCCCAACUGGCGGCCGAACAAAUGCAGCAAACAGAAUUUUCAGCGGUUCGUUUUCGAGAAAUACGUUGGACCUUUUAUUAUGAGAAUAUCGACCAAGACAAUUAUCUUAUUGCUCACUGCCAUUUUAUUGGGCAUUAACGUGUGGGCGAUAUUUCAUCUGGAGCAGAAUUUUGAUCCGCUCAUGUACUUGAAUCAAGAAUCAUAUCCUAUACAAUUUAAUAACAAGUUGACGGAACACUUUCCGAAAUAUGGCAAACAUGUCAAUAUAUAUCUAACGGGCGUGGACUACUAUGAAGAUCGCCAGGCGCUAUUCCAGUUAGUGGACAAGCUCAAGCGGAAUCCUUAUGUUAACAAUGGCACCCUCGACCCGUGGUUUGUAGCCUAUGAGAAGUGGCUAGAUGACACUCACCAAGCACAAUACAUUGGAGAUAAAGACGAAUAUUACAAUUACCUCACGGAAUAUCUGCUGUUCACGGUGAAAGGUCAAGGAUACAUACAGGAUAUAAAAUUCAACAAAUUGCCGUUUAAUGAUUAUAAUAUUACAACGUCGCAGAUUCCAGUGCAACACAUACCUAUAAGUACGACGUCAGAUCAGAUACAGGCUAUGCAAUCAGUCAGGGAUGCCAUAAAGUCGGUGAAUUUUACUCACGGAUACGAUUAUAUCGCGAUUCACUCGUUGGACUACAUAACGUGGGCGUCAAAUAAAAUUAUCGGCGAAGAACUAAUAAGGAAUCUCAGCUUGGAAAUAGUAGCAGUAGGAAUAGUGACGCUGGUGCUGCUAAGAAAUUUACUUGCGUCAUUCUGGGUGAUGUGUUGCGUAUUGUUCACGCUCAUCGACCUACUGGGUUCGAUGUACUUUUUAGGACUAACAGUCGAGAUCUCGUCGACGAUUAUGAUUUUAUUAUGCGCUGGACUAGCAGUCGAUUACGCUGCGCAUAUCGCACUAGAGUUUAUACGUUCCAGCGGCAGUAAACAAGAAAGGGCAUUGACAACGCUCAGCGUUAUUGGGCCAGCAGUUUUCAAUGGUGGUCUGAGCACAUUCCUCGCUUUUGCCCUUCUAGGUUUCAGUCAAGCUUAUGUUUUCAUAACGUUCUUUAAGUUAUUCGCCUCUGUGGUGUUUUUUGGAUUAUUUCACGGACUGCUGUUCCUACCGGUGAUAUUAAGCUUGGCAGGGCCUAACGAAAGAAGACAAAUCAAAUCAAAAAAGAGCCAGGCUAUGCAAUAUCACAACGGUUAUUACACCGUUCAACUAUCUCAAAAAGGUAAUGAGCGUUACAAUUUCCAAUAUGUUGUGUCAGAUCAAAUUUUUAGAUAACCAAAAUCAGUUUCUUCUUUUUUUUUACAGAUAUAGAAGAAAGCUCUCGGUAAAUAAUAGAGAGACUAAUAAAAAAGAAUGCUUAGGUAAAAAAAUAUUGUAGAUAAAUUUCAUCAUUGAAAUGAUGUAUGACUGUGGAACGAAUGAGCUGGCCUUCUUUUUCUCUUUGUAUGUCUUUCCAUGUCUUUUUAUAUCUCAAUGCUGAGUAAAGUAUCUUUUGUACAAAAUAAAAGAAACAAUGAAAUUUA